UUGACUUGGUCAACUCAGCUUAAAGUAGAUUUAUAUGUCAUUGUAAUUUUCCAUUAUUAUUUACUGCAAUGGGUGCAGAGCAAUCAGCCAUAUUGGUUUGCACACAAACUGGCAAGCCAGAGCCAGCAUUAAAACUAACAAAUUCCGAGCAGUUUUUCCAGUUGUACUUUGAUAAAAUAGUGGAAAAUACAUUAGCACCGAAAACAGGACCUGUGACCGAAGCGCUGUUGCAUUUAAUUAGGAACAUGCCACAGCAGCCAUUAGCUAACAACGAGCAACUUGAACAUAAUUCAGAACCAAUAGAACAGGAUUCAGGUUUUGAAAACGAUGAGCAUGAUGCAGAUACGACCCCGCCGCUAGCUUCGGAAGAGUUCUCCGAUAGUGACAUUAGCACCUCAACUAUUUAUAACAAUGAUGAAAGCGAAUUUGAGCUGAUACAGCUGGAAUUUAUGGACUUUGAGCCAUUAGACUUGUACUGUUUAGCAGAUCCUAAUUUGGCAUUAGAGCAAGAGUUUAUCAUACGUGUUCCGGAAUUAAACAUUGAUGAAGACGAUUAAAAACAUGUAAUGAUUACAUAAAUUAAAACUUUAUGUACAA